GGGAGCCUAGCCAGGGGCCCAUGCCCACUGGGACCAUUGUGUGGCCUCAUUAUAUCAGUGUUGAAGGCCCUGAGGCCCUCAGAAGAGUGACCCCUCCUCCUGCAGGCCCAGAAGCUUCUGGCACCUCCUUCACCCCCCUCGUGGUGGUUCUCUCAGUUAACAGAGAAGCCAGAGUCCUCACCCCAGGUCCCCACCAGCAUCAGGGACCUGAGCAGCUUCUCGUGUCCAGGUCACCACAGGGCCUCCUGCCCCUCUGACGCCAGCCCUCAGUAUGCAGGACUCCCGGCCCCCAUCUGGGCUACUCACCCCCCACAAGUCCUCCUCCGGCCCUGGGCCCCCCGGGCUACUCACCCCCCACAAGUCCUCCUCCGGCCCAGGGCCCCCCGUCGCCACCCACACUUCAGCCCCGGGCAUGGUCCCCCGCAAGCGCACCACCCCGAACUUCCGCCGCAUGCGCAGGAUCAUUGCAGAAGACACCGAGUGGUCGCUGGCCAUCGUGCCCCUCCUCACGGAGCUCUGCAUAGAGAACAUCAUCAAGAACUUCCGGAUAAACCCGAUCCUGAAACAGCUGCCCCCAGAAUACCAGCAGAAGGUCCUGAGCCACCUGCCCCCGGACCUACCGCUGGCUGUGACUGCCAACCUCAUUGAAGACGAGGGCUACUGGCGCCGCUGCUGCCUGCAGCGCUGGCCUGUGUGCCACGUGUCCCGGCACGGCGGUAGCUGGAAGCACCUGUUCUUCGAGAGGCACCUGGAGGGGCUGCUGCGCCACUUCAUUCCUGGCACCACAGACCCCAACACCAUCCUCGACUUGCUGCCCCUUUGCAAGGACUUUGUUCACAGCCUCCGCGUGGACCAGCUCCUCCCGCCCGUGCACCUGCCACCCACACCCCGCACGGCAGGAGAGCAGUCGGACUCAGGCAGUGAGGGGGAAGCCGAGGAAUCCAGCGCUGACCACUAUGCGCUGGGCCCGCUGGUGGCAGGCCUGAGCCAGCUGGAGGAGCUAGACCUGGUGUACGGCGUCAAGGAUUGUGGCAUGAACUUCGAGUGGAAGCUCUUCCUCUUCACCUACCAAGACUGCCACUCCCUGGCGGCCACCAUCAAAGCCUGUCACACACUCAAGAUCUUCAGGCUGACCCGCAGCCACGUGGAUGAAGAGAAGGCCCGCAUUCUGAUCCGCAGUCUGCUCGACCACCCGACCCUCGAGGAGCUGGACCUAUCACACAACCUCAUUGGGGACCGCGGGGCACGCGGUGCUGCCAAACUGCUCAGCCACAGCCGGCUGCGUGUGCUCAACCUGGCCAACAACCGGGUGCGUGCGCCUGGGGCCCAGGCACUGGCUCACGCCCUGGAGCACAACACCUGCCUUCUCUCCCUCAAUCUACGCCUCAACUGCAUCGAGGACGAGGGUGGCCAGGCCUUAGCACACGCCCUGCUGUCCAAUGCGUGCCUCACCACCCUGCACCUGGGUGGUAAUGAGCUGUCUGAGCCCACAGCCACGCUCCUGUCCCAGGUCCUCUCAGUGAACACCACGCUCACCAGCAUCAACCUGUCCUGUAACCACAUUGGGCCGGAUGGCGGGAAGCAGCUUCUGGAGGGUGUGGCAGACAACAAGACCCUCUUGGAAUUCGACUUGCGCCUGUCAGAUGUCACCCAGGAGAGCGAGUACCUCAUCAGCCAGGCCCUCCAUGCCAACCGGGAAGCUGCCCGCCAGCGGGCCUUGAAUCCCGGCCACUUUGUGCUACCCGUCACUGUCAAUGGCCCUGGGAAACUUGUGGCAUAAGGAAUUCGGCAGAUGGAGAGGACCCCAAGGGAUCGUACAUGCCUAACUCUCACACAUGCUGCCCAUGUGGGUGAUUCUCCUCCAUCUUCUCA